UAAUAUUUUAAUCAAAAAUGUAUAUGGUUCAAUAGAUGACUGUCCUGUAGUAGUCACAAAAUUUGCAAAUGCUAUGGAGCCAAUUAUGCGCCCACAUAUACAAACUUAUGUAGCUUCAAGGAUGCAUCCAAAAAUGAGGGUAGCUGUUCUUAUAUCAGGUAGUGGAACAAAUUUACAGGCUUUGAUUGAUGCAACUACAGACGAUCCUUCUAUGAUGUCAGAAGUAGUUUUGGUAAUAUCCAAUAAACCUGAUGUUGAAGGUUUAGAACGAGCUAAAAAAGCUGGAAUUUUAGCUCUGGAAAUAAAUCAUACAAAUUAUAAAACUCGAGAAGAAUUUGAAAGUGUAAUGAUGAAAGCUUUGGAACAAACACAAAUAGAUGUUGUUUGUUUAGCUGGUUUUAUGCGAGUAUUAACCAAACAUUUUGUAAAUAAAUGGAGAGGACGAUUACUCAAUAUACAUCCAUCUCUCUUACCAUUAUUUAAGGGACUUGAUGCUCAAAAACAAGCACUUCAGUCAGGUGUUCGAGUUGCUGGUUGCACUGUUCACUUUGUUGAAGUAAAUUAA